UGCGAUUUAUCUGGCUCUGAAGGCGACUACCUGCGCUUAGUUGUGCUCCAAAAAACUUCCAUUGGUCAUAUCUCCUGUCUGGCUCUCAUUUGUGGGUCCAGUCACAUUACUGUAUUCGUAAUGGGCAUACCUUUGGAUACAGCUUCAUUUUUAGCUUUGUUUCUCGAAACUUUGUUAUACGGCGUGUUCUUUACUUUGUACUGGUUGACCAUAUUCGUCUUAUUCAAUAAAACCGGCAUUCAACGACAACUUCUCGUCCCGGUGGCAACCAUACUACUCUGUAUUGCAACAGCUCAUCUAAUAAUCGAUUUUGUUCGAGCGCUAGAAGCCUUCAUAUUCAAGGUGGAUACGAUUGGUGCAGAUACUUACUAUUCGGACCUCGCUUCCCCGUUGGAUCUUGCAUCGAAAGCACUUUACAUUACACAAACCACUCUUGCUGAUGGUGUAGUUGUUUGGCGAUGUCACGUACUUAACCACAAAAGCCGCUUUGUUGCCAUUCUCGGUUGUAUCGUACUAGUAGUCAAUGCGGCUACCGGGUACUAUGUUGUUUGGUCCCUCUCUCGGGCCUAUGCACUGUCCAAAGUUUCCGCCGCCGCUUCAGGAUGUAUCACUACAUUCUAUACAUUAACCAUGUUUGUCAGCGUCGUCUGUACCAUUUCAAUUGCAUGGCGAAUUUAUCAAACUCGCCGUUUUAUGCCAGGAGGCCUUGCCACCCUUUUACCCGUUUUCAUCGUCGUCAUUGAGAGUGGCGCUUUAUAUGCCACGAGUGUGCUCGCUCUCCUUAUAUCAUUCUUGGUCGGAUCCAAUGGCGAAUACAUCAUGCUCGCUGUGAUCCCUCCGAUUGUAGGGAUUACAUUCUGUCUCAUCAUUCUCCAAGUACAGUUCCACGUUGGCGGCCACUCCUCGAGCGAACAGUCCUCUGAAAUAGGUGGCAUUCUCACCAACCUCUUUCGAGGACGAAAUACGCGGGACCACAACUUCAACAUGCAACGGGUGGCUGUGCAUAUUACCGAGGAGAUCGUUCAGUCUGAUAAUAUGAGCGGAAAAGAUAGUCAACCGUCCUCAGGGGGCGUCUUUCAAUUGUAGAUCUAACUGGAGUCGGAUAUUAUAUUACGAGCUGCGGUCGAUAUUGUGGAUAUCGAUAUCAGUUCCAAUGCUGAACCAUAUGAUACGGUAUACCCCCCUAGAGCA